UCCAUGUGACAUGUAGUUGACAGCUUGUUUUGUUCGCGUUGUUUCUAGGAAAAAUGUAGUGGAAAAUGGCAAAGUUUUUUUUUCCGGUCGUCCUCAUACGCACGUAGUAGGAUAGUGCUGUUGUGGUAGGUGGUCAACAGAGAAGAGGAGAGAGGAGACAGGAGUGAUGUGCUCUGAAUUACUCAGAGGACUGUUGCUAGUUUAUUUAAAAAUCCAUGGAUCAAGCUGCUCUCGUGCUUCUCGCUCAGGGGACAGGAUGGCUGAAGACGUGACCUGUUGCAGCUUUUCUUUCACAUAUUAGUGUUUGGAUGGAUAAAACGCAAUGAAAUGAGUUCGUUUUCCAGCUUCAUUUAAGGCGACGGGUUGUUAAAUGAGGCGGAAUUGAAUCACUUUUUGGAUUUGUGUGCUUUGUUUUACGCAGAGCGCACUUGAAAUCGACGUGGUUCUGUAACUCGACCGACUGGAGACAAAUCCGCGGAUGUUUUGAACAUAUUUUGAAGUUGAGGAACACUGAGUUUGGUGUUUUUUAUCGAAUAAAACUGAUGAUGGACUAAAACUGGUCAGGAUCUCGCCACUCCGCCGCUGUCACACCGAGCGCAGCACCGCGCCCUGCUUUCGAGGACACUAUAACCUCCUUUUCCUCUCCUGUCUUCCCUCCCCGACAGAAUGGCCCGGUUUGGAGACGACGUCCCGGGCUUGUUGAGCUCGGGGGAUGGAGGGUCCGAGCGCAACCGCAACCGAGAUGGGGCGGCCGUGUCCACAGGUGGCAUCUCCCCAGCCUUCAAGCAGACCAAAGCGCAGCGUGCCCGCACCAUGGCCUUGUACAACCCCAUCCCGGUCAGGGAGAACUGCUUCACCGUCAACAGGUCCCUCUUCAUCUUUGGCGAGGAUAACGUGGUCAGGAAGUACGCCAAGAAAAUCAUUGAGUGGCCUCCGUUUGAGUACAUGAUCCUCACCACCAUCAUCGCCAACUGUAUCGUCUUGGCUCUGGAGCAGCACCUUCCUGGAGAGGACAAAACCCCCAUGUCAAAGAGACUGGAGAAGACAGAGCCCUACUUUAUCGGGAUGUUCUGUUUCGAGGCUGGCAUAAAGAUCAUCGCCCUCGGUUUUGUAUUUCAUAAAGGCUCCUACCUCAGGAACGGAUGGAACGUCAUGGACUUCAUUGUGGUCCUCAGUGGGAUCCUGGCAGCAGCGGGGACACACCUGAACAUCUCAGUGGACCUGAGGACCCUGAGGGCGGUGCGAGUGCUCCGACCCCUCAAACUGGUCUCAGGCAUCCCCAGUCUGCAGAUAGUCCUGAAGUCCAUCAUGAAGGCCAUGGUUCCUCUGCUGCAGAUCGGCCUGCUGCUCUUUUUUGCAAUCCUCAUGUUCGCCAUCAUCGGCCUGGAGUUUUACAGCGGCAAACUGCACUACACCUGCACACCACAGCCUGGAAUACUGGCAAACGAGACGGUGGAUUCCUCUGAGUACGAGGUCCCGUGUGGCGUGCGUCAGUGUCCGGCCAAAUACACCUGCGGCGAUACCUGGAUCGGCCCUAAUGACGGCAUCACUCAGUUUGACAACAUCCUGUUUGCUGUUCUCACUGUCUUCCAGUGCAUCACCAUGGAGGGAUGGACCACUGUACUCUACAAUACCGACGAUGCCUUGGGGCCCAACUGGAACUGGCUCUACUUCAUCCCUCUCAUCAUCAUCGGCUCUUUCUUUGUCCUGAACCUGGUGCUGGGAGUCCUCUCUGGGGAAUUUGCCAAGGAGAGGGAGCGGGUGGAAAACCGCAGGGCCUUCAUGAAACUGAGACGCCAACAGCAGAUUGAGAGAGAGCUCAAUGGCUACCGGGCCUGGAUCGACAGAGCAGAGGAAGUGAUGCUUGCAGAGGAGAAUAAGAAUUCAGGACCUUCUGCCCUCGAUGUGUUGAAGAGAGCCACCACCAUUAAGAGGAGAGGGAUGGAUGUGGUGCAUCGAGGGCAACCAGGGGAGGAACAAUAUGGUGACAUCUCCUCUGUGGGCAUCCCCAUGGCCAGAGCAAGUAUCAGGAGUGCCAAGCGAGGUCCAACAGCGUAUUUUCGCCGCAAAGAGCGUCUCCUUCGCAUCUCCAUCCGCCGUGUGGUGAAGACACACACUUUCUACUGGACAGUGCUGGGCCUUGUGGCUCUCAACACGCUGUGUGUGGCCAUUGUUCACCACAAUCAGCCCCUCUGGCUGUCCAACUUCCUCUACUAUGCAGAGUUCCUGUUCCUCGCUCUGUUUCUGACUGAGAUGUUUCUGAAGAUGUACAGCUUGGGACCACGUCUCUACUUCCACUCCUCCUUCAAUUGCUUUGACUGCAGCGUGAUCGUUGGCAGCAUCUUUGAAGUGCUGUGGGGUUUCUUCAGGCCUGGCACUUCCUUUGGCAUCAGUGUCCUGCGUGCUCUCCGUCUGCUGAGAAUCUUCAAGAUUACCAAGUAUUGGGCAUCUCUGAGAAACCUGGUCGUCUCUCUGAUGAACUCCAUGAAGUCCAUCAUCUCCCUCAUCUUCCUCCUCUUCCUCUUCAUCGUUGUAUUUGCACUGCUUGGCAUGCAGCUCUUCGGUGGCAGGUUUAUCUUUGAAGACUACACUCCGACAAACUUUGACACCUUUCCUGCUGCCAUCAUGACCGUCUUUCAGAUCCUGACUGGAGAGGACUGGAACGAAGUGAUGUACAACGGUAUUCGCUCCCAAGGAGGAGUGAAGUCUGGCAUGUGGUCCUCUAUCUACUUUAUAGUGCUCACACUGUUUGGAAACUACACACUGCUGAAUGUCUUCUUGGCCAUUGCUGUGGAUAACCUCGCCAACGCACAAGAACUUACCAAGGAUGAAGAGGAAGCAGAGGCAGCGUUCAACCAGAAGCACGCUCUCCAGAAGGCAAAGGAGGUCGGACCGGGAAGUCGGAGGAGGCGGCCCUACCUGUACAGGAAAAGAGCUAUCCACCGCAGUCGGCCUACCUACUCCUGCUCCCUGGAGGAGGCGCAGGGCAGCAUCAGGGAGGGCCGCCCACCCCCACCACUCAACCCCUCUAACUCUUUCAUGUCCAGGAGAGAGAGAAGAAAAAGGAUGACCAUGUCAGUGUGGGAGCAGAGGACCAGCCAGCUGCGGAGACACCGACAGAUGUCCAGCCGAGAGAUCCUGUUCAACAGCCCCAGCGAGGAGAAGGACGCUCCUCCUGCUGCAGCCCAGCAUGGACGUCCCGUGUCACUGCAUCGCAAGGCCAUGACGCAAACUCAGUCCGGGAGUUUGAAGGGUCUGACGGACCCCUUGGCCUCUCCAUCCAAGAACCUGGCCUCAGGUUCCUCCAUGUCUGUGGAUAUGCCACUGGACGCCGCCCUCUCCGGUGAAAUACCGGAAACCCCAGUGGUGCUGGUACCAGAGCCGGUGGAUCCUACCAACGCGCCCCUUCCUGAUGCUUCUGUGUCCGUGGUUAUACCGGAGCCUCCUGAAUCAGACCCCGUCACUGACAGUGAAAAACUGUCAGUUAAUCAGAGUCAUAAAACAAGCAGCGAACGCCGGAGCCCCAGACUGAAUGGCGAGCGUCAACACAGGGCGGUAAAGAAGUUCAGACCACCAGAUAACCUCGACACACUGACUCCUGAGAUGGGAGGUCAUGGUGGGAUCAGGGGCAGGAAGCUGCAUCACUGUGACCAUCAGAGCGGGGCCAGAAGUCAGGGGUCAUCACCCGGGAAUGGAAGCCAAUUGUCUAGUCGCUCAGUCAGCAGAGAGAGGAGGAGAAACCCAGGGAGAUCAGAGGAGAAGGAGGCGGAGACCAAGAAGGAGGAAGAGGUGUCCAAACCUGAUGAGAACAGACAGGAUGACAGGAUUGAAGGGGGAAACACAGACCCACAGGAGAACCAGAGCCACACUGGUGAGCAGUGUCCUCAGAAGCAAGAAGAGCCUCCUCAGCAGUCAGACCCGUCUCCUCCUGCCAUCCCAGAGAGCAACGAAGACGAGAAGGACCAGGACAAAUCUCAGCUCAGCUCCAGUGUGAUCGUUGAGGUGCCUAAUGUUCAGUCGUCUCUGGAGCUCUCCACGAUAACAGUCAACAGUAAAGACCCCGAAACCUGUAAGUCAGAGAAGGAGGAGGCAGAGGAGACAAAGCCUGUCAACACUGUGACUCCAGACAGCAUGUUCAUCUUCAAACCUGACAACCCGGUGCGUCGAGCGUGUCACUACGUGGUGAACCUCAGGUACUUUGAAAUGUGCAUCCUGCUGGUCAUAGCUGCUAGUAGUAUAGCACUGGCUGCUGAGGACCCUGUAGCCACCUCCUCUAACUGGAAUAAGGUUCUGCGAUAUUUUGAUUAUGUGUUUACCGGAGUCUUCACAUUUGAAAUGAUUAUAAAGAUGAUCGACCAGGGUCUGAUCCUCCAUGACGGCUCCUACUUCAGGGACCUGUGGAACAUCCUCGACUUCAUCGUCGUGGUGGGAGCGUUGGUGGCCUUCGCCCUCUCCAAUGUGAUGGGAAAUAACAAAGGACGGGACAUUAAGACCAUCAAAUCUCUGAGAGUGCUGCGUGUCCUCAGACCGCUGAAGACCAUAAAGAGACUUCCUAAACUCAAGGCCGUGUUUGACUGUGUGGUGACGUCCCUGAAAAACGUCUUCAACAUCCUGAUCGUCUAUAAGCUUUUCAUGUUCAUCUUUGCCGUCAUCGCUGUGCAGCUCUUCAAGGGAAAGUUUUUCUACUGCACCGACAGCUCGAAGGACACGGAGAAGGACUGCCAGGGCUACUACAUUGACUACGCGAAGGACAAGAAAGAGGUGAAGAGAAGAGAUUGGAAGAGACACGAGUUUCACUACGACAACGUCAUCUGGGCUCUGCUCACUCUCUUCACUGUUUCCACCGGAGAAGGAUGGCCACAGGUUCUCCAACACUCGGUAGAUGUGACGGAGGAGGACAGAGGUCCGAGCCACGGCAACAGGAUGGAGAUGUCCAUCUUCUACGUCAUCUACUUUGUCGUCUUUCCCUUCUUCUUCGUCAACAUCUUCGUUGCUCUCAUCAUUAUCACCUUCCAGGAACAGGGUGAUAAAAUGAUGGAGGAGUGCAGCUUGGAAAAGAACGAGAGGGCGUGUAUAGACUUUGCCAUCAGCGCCAAGCCUCUGACCCGUUACAUGCCCCAGAACCGGCACACGUUCCAGUACCGCCUGUGGCACUUUGUGGUGUCGCCCUCUUUUGAGUACACCGUCCUGGCCAUGAUCGCUCUCAACACCAUAGUACUGAUGAUGAAGUAUUAUUCAGCCCCGCCGGCAUACGAGGCCGUACUGAAGCACCUGAACACAGCUUUUACUGUUCUCUUCUCUGUUGAGUGCGUCCUCAAGAUCAUGGCCUUCGGCUUUCUGAACUACUUUCGAGACACGUGGAACAUUUUUGAUUUCAUCACCGUUUUGGGCAGCAUCACAGAGAUCGUGGUAGACUUACAGUUUGUUGACACGUUCAACAUGAGUUUCUUGAAGUUGUUCCGAGCAGCUCGUCUGAUCAAACUGCUCCGACAAGGUUACACCAUCCGCAUUCUUCUGUGGACCUUCGUCCAGUCCUUCAAGGCUCUGCCCUACGUCUGCCUGCUCAUCGCCAUGCUCUUCUUCAUCUACGCCAUCAUCGGCAUGCAGGUGUUUGGGAACAUUAAGCUGAAUGAGGAGACUCACAUCACGCAGCACAACAACUUCAAGUCCUUCUCUGGUGCUCUGAUGCUGCUGUUCAGGAGUGCCACAGGGGAGUCAUGGCAAGAGAUCAUGUUGUCGUGUCUGGGGGGACAGAAGUGUGAGACGGACCACUCGCUUCCUCCUGCAUUACCGACGUCCGACCAGGAGGGGGGCUGCGGCUCCGACUUCGCCUAUUUCUACUUUGUCUCGUUCAUCUUCUUCAGCUCGUUCCUGAUGCUGAACCUGUUUGUGGCGGUCAUCAUGGAUAACUUUGAGUAUCUGACAAGAGACUCCUCCAUCUUGGGUCCUCACCACCUGGACGAGUUUGUCCGGAUCUGGGGGGAGUAUGACCGCGCUGCCUGUGGUCGCAUCCAUUACACUGACAUGUAUGAGAUGUUGACCAACAUGUCGCCACCUCUAGGCCUGGGCAAGAAAUGUCCCUCCAAGGUGGCAUAUAAGAGACUCGUCCUGAUGAACAUGCCUGUGGACGAUGACAUGUCGGUUCACUUCACGUCCACCCUCAUGGCUCUCAUCCGCACCGCCCUGGAGGUCAAGAUAGCCAGAGGAGGAGAGGAUAGAAAUCAGAUGGACCUGGACCUGCAGAAGGAGAUUGGUGUAAUUUGGCCUCAUCUCUCUCAGAAGUCUUUGGACCUGCUGGUUCCCAUUCACAAAGCCAGUGACAUGACCAUUGGGAAGAUCUAUGCUGCCAUGAUGAUCAUGGACUACUACAAGCAGAGCAAAGCUAAGAAGCUCCGACAGCAACUGGAGGAACAGAAACAUGCUCCUAUGUUCCAGCGUAUGGAUGCCUCCUCUCUGCCUCAAGAAAUCCUAUGCAAUGCCAAAUCCCUUUCGUUCCUCAGGCACAGCGCCGGAUCUGCUCUCACCAGAGGAGGAUUUGUGGCUCUCAGCCCCAUCUCUCCUCAAGAGAUGUUCCUGCAGCCGCUGUCCUGCUCCAGAGAGGAGAAGGAGGAGGAGGAGGAGGACGAUGAAUACCGCUCACCCUACCACCCCUACCACCACCCCCAUCACCACCACCAUCAUUUACACACACUGGUGCAAGACGUAGUGGAGUAUAACCAGGUGAUGCAGCAGGCCAGGCAGGACCCAACAGUUAUGAAAUCACCUCAGCGGACAGCAUCCAUCAGAGCGUCCUCCAUGCCCAGACUGGCUGCUGAUCCACCGGCUGGGAUGUCAGCAGACAGUAAGCUGAUGAAGCGCUCCUUCUCCACCAUCGGAGACCAGUGUGUGAAUGGCCUUUGGCAGGAGCAGCACUCUCUGGAGAGAGUCAGUCCUGACGACACGUACAGGCCUCGUCAGAGGAGCUACAGAGGUCCUAGAAUCAACCACAGAGAAACAAGCAGUCACGAGAGAGGGCGAUCUAAGGAGCGGCGCCACCUACUGUCACCUGACGUCUCCCGCUGCAACUCUGAGGAGCGCAGUCGCGAUCCGUCCUGUGAAAGGAGACGGUCCCGUUCACCAAGCGAAGGACGCACACACACCUUACAGAGACAGGCGAACACGUCAGACAGCCCUGCCCAUUCAGCGUCAGAUUCUGGUACUCCUCGAAAUCGGCGACAGCUGCCACAGACCCCCUCUCGCCCACGGCCGUACAUCUCCUAUUCCCCUUUGGUCUGCCAAGCCCAAACCACUCCCACACCAGCAGCCUCUGAGGGACCGGCCCAGCCUCAAGAUGACGCUGCUGGCUCUACGGAGCCCUCAUGGAGGCCCGACAAGGAGGGCGGCCCCCUAACUGCAGGUCAGGGGUCGUCUGGAGCUCAAGUUUCCGGACCAAGCAACCCAUCCCCUCACCGCUACAUCUCAGAGCCCUACCUCCCAUUCCACGAGGACGUCAGCAGUGGAGUGGCAGGCGAUAAGCAGGAAACGCUGACUUUUGAGACUGCCAUGGCCACCAGCCUGGGACGGGCCAACGCCAUAAGCUCAGCUCCUCAGCUCAGACACUCCUGGCAGGUUCCUAACGGGCAUUUCCGGAAGCACUUGGGCCAAGGGAGUCCAGCUGGAGCCAGCGAGCUGCUUAGUGACACGGAUGAGGACGACCGCUGCUAAAGACCACAGAAGAAGAGGAUGCAACGGGGCACCUCGGAAAAUCUCCACAUGGGACCACAAGGCUUUAGCUCCUCUGUGGCUCUGAGAACUUCUAUUCUCAGCACCAGUAGCAUAACAGGCAGGACUGCUAUUUAUCUGGAUACCUGGGUGUCUGUGUUCUUGUGUGCGUGUUUGUCGUAGCUGGAGGGAGGAUGUGUGCGUGGACAUGUGUGUGUGUUUUUGCGUGUGUGUGCUCUUAAUAGAGAAAAGUUGCCAAAUCAAGAGAACAGCAGAGACUGGCUGUGCUAUAAGUAGAUCACUGGAGGCAAGCCCAAGCAUUGCCAAGCCUUCCCACACAAGUUAGUGUUUUGAUUGUGUUAUUUGAACAAAAUAUGGUGAGGCGUCGAUCCAAGGUGUCUAAAAACCUCUUUUUGAAUCCAAGAAACUGAUGUAAGUGCGUUUUGUGUAGGUGAACAUAGAGGUAGCGUGUAAAAAUGUAAUACGAUGAAUGUAUUUUAGCUUUUGGUUCUGAUGUUCAGGUCGUUUGAGAGGGUUGCUGUCAGUCUUGACUGUGCAUAGCUGUGCAAGAGUAGCAAUGAAACAGGGGUUGAUUCAGUCAGAUAACUGGCAACCAGCCAUUCAACACAGUCCCUGUUUACAACAAGAGUAUCCACAUGGUUCAUGGGCAUUAUACAGUCACAAAUCUAUAGAUAGUCAAUACUGGGAAUCAUGUUCCAGACCUUUAAUUGAGCAAAACUUCUAGUAAUGUUUAUUUAUGUGAAAACAAUAAUGUUGUAACUUCAACUGGAGGAGCACAGUGCAAGUUUAUUUGAUUCUAAGGAUUUUGGGACUACAAAUUAAGAGAACUUGUGUCUCAGAAUGCAGGACCAUUGAAUUUGUAAUAUACCACCUUCUGGAAAAUGUUCAUCAUUGGACCUCAAAUGAAGACGUGAAAAUCAGAAGGACUACAAGUGUCUCCUACAGGUCAGUCAGCAUGAUAUGAACAAGGACUGGACCAGUGGAGGUCUCACACAGUUCCAGUGGUCUGCAUCUAUGCUGUCCGUGGACUAUAACGGCUUUAGCUUGAGGGACAACCAUCUGCAGGACAGACAGCCUGCAUGAAGACAAACGGAUGUAUAUUCUUCAUGUUUCUGUGCUGCCGAUGCCGCAUCAGAGAGGUGACUAAAGCCAUUUUCUUUCGGUACAUAGAUCCAGGGACGUGUCUUCUUCAGGCCUUCUUUCGUGCGAUGAUGAGAAAUAAAUGUCCUUUUUACAUGUAAUACAAGAUGGAUGCUUUUACAGAAAAAGAGGAAUCACAGGCACAGUAGGGUUUGUUUGUAUGUUAACUGCCACAUUGUUUCCGCCACAUGGGAGUCUGUUUUGGUCACGAGAAACAAGCAUUACAGUAAUUCCUGUGCUCCACAGUUAUAGUAAGUUCCACAUGCAUGAUCGUGGUGCUGAGAGGGAUGUCUAAGAGCUGCCUGAUUGUUCUUAUUUUAAUGUAUCCAUGAUAUUAAAUGGGACUUAAAACCACUUCUCCCACAGAGUAAAGAAGAAAAAGCUUUUUGCAGUCCCAGCACCCACUGUCGGUAUCUUUGAACAUACCAACUUUCAACCAUUUGUUGUUCCCCUUAAAUAAGAUGUAUAUUUAUAUCAUGUGCUGUUUUGUUAAUGUAAUAUGUUGAGUUUGACAUGUUUCUGAAAUGUGAACACAGGACUUACCUGGAAGGAGGAUCCACAGGCCAGAAGAGGUCACACUCCCCAAACAGAAAGUCCUGGACUGAAAAAGAUGUAUUUUAGCAGAGAAACCUCCUUUGAAGUGUGCCGACUAUAGUCGAGGCUCCAUUCAUACAGUAAACAGGUUAGGUUAUAGGUUUAUAGGACCGUGCUUAACAUGUACAAUGCAGCCUAGGACUUAACCUCGAUGUCCGUCUCUGUACAGAACAACCUAAUCUGUGCCUGGGGAAGCUCGCACAAAGACUUCCCUGUCACGCCAGGAUUUCAUAGCUAUAGAGAAGCUUUCUGGUAAAUAUGUAGUAUAAACUGUACAAAAUAAAUUCAUGUUUAAUUUA